UUGACAGGGAAAAUGAUACAAUAACUUAAUAUUUUCCGCACUGUUCUGAAAAAUUAAAAUUCUAUUCUAUAAAAACUGAGAAAUAAUUUUAAAAUUUGCUGAGCCAGAGAAGAUUUACUGCUUUCCUUAAAUAUCGUAGUAAUGGGUUUCAAUUUUUGUUGUUUACCUGUUAAAGGGUCAUGGAUAGUUAAUAGAAAAGUUUGUGCAUAUUUCUUUUGUAGGAUGUUCGUUUAAAUAAUUUUUAACCGGAUUUUUGCGGUGAAAAGUAUAUAAUUUCUCAGAAAGAAAGAUAUACUUCGUGCUGCUGUCCAUAAAGUUGCAUGCCUUACUUAAUUACUUGCCAAAUUUUUCAUCUGUUGAACUCAUCGUUUAGUUAUAGAAUUCUUUUAAUCAAAAAUAAUGUUGUCUUCUCUUGGGGAGACCAGAAUUUUCUUGCAUUCCUAUGAAAACAAAUAUUUGUAAAUAUAUGAAGUCUAAAGAAAAAAUGGCUUCCAAAGUACGAUUAAGAAACUUCUAUAGUUGUAGGCAACUGUAUUUGUCUCAAUUUUUAUCAUGGAUCAUCCUACUCUGUACUAUUUCAUGUGUCUCCUUAACUGGACAAAAUCAUACUGAUCAAUUCCUUGUAGAUUUUUCAUCAGAAAUAGUGGAUAAUGAAUACAUUGUUAGCUUCAAAGAAUUUUACAAUUAUGAUGCUCGUCUGAAAUAUAUUAAAGCAGCUUUAAGGAAUUAUGAUCCUAGUAGCUGGCAAAUUUUACCUAGGAAUAAUCCUGCAAGCAACUAUCCAAGUGAUUUUGAAGUUCUUCAGCUUCAAAAAGAUAUUAUCGAAAAAGGCAUACCAGCACUAAAGAAGCACCAUUCCAUAAAACAUGUCACACCACAAAGAAAAGUUACACGAACUUUGACAUCUUUGAAUGGUAAACCAAUAUCAUGGGAAGAUGAUGAUAAUGAAAUUAAAUCGCACCAAAAUUGUCAGUUUUUCCAAAAAUGGUACUCAUCUCGUCCAUUUACAAAACGCUCAAGUCUUUCUCUAGGCUCUUCAUUUUGGGAAACUGCUGGAAAGUUUGUUCGAAGACGUCUCAUGAGGGCUCUUCCUCGUCAGAUUACAAGCAUCUUGCAAGCUGAUGUUUUAUGGAACAUAGGAAUUAGAGGAGCUGGUGUUAAAGUAGCUGUUUUUGAUACUGGACUUGUAAAAAAUCAUCCUCAUUUUAAAAAAAUAAAAGAAAGAACAAAUUGGACAAAUGAAAAAACAUUAGAUGAUGGACUUGGGCAUGGUACCUUUGUUGCUGGAGUAAUUGCCAGCAAUCGAGAAUGUAUGGGGUUUGCUCCAGAUUCAGAACUUCAUAUUUAUAGAGUCUUCACUAAUAAUCAGGUUUCUUAUACUUCAUGGUUUCUUGAUGCAUUUAAUUAUGCAAUUUUGAAAAAGAUAAAUGUUCUGAAUUUGAGCAUUGGAGGCCCUGAUUUCAUGGAUCAUCCAUUUGUUGAUAAGGUUUGGGAACUAACUGCUAAUAAUGUCAUUAUGGUAUCAGCUAUAGGAAAUGAUGGGCCUCUUUAUGGAACAUUGAACAAUCCUGCAGACCAGAUGGAUGUAAUUGGUGUAGGUGGCAUCAAUUUUGAAGACCAGAUAGCUCGUUUUUCAUCCAGAGGCAUGACUACAUGGGAAUUACCUGCAGGCUAUGGCAGAGUGAAACCUGAUAUUGUUACUUAUGGCUCUGCUGUUCGAGGCUCAAGUAUCAAAGGAGGAUGUAGAUCUUUAUCAGGAACAAGUGUUGCCUCUCCUGUUGUUGCUGGCGCUGUUACCCUGCUUAUGAGUGGAGUUAUACAUCUUGGUGGAGCAAUAAAUCCAGCAAGUAUGAAACAGGCUCUUAUGGCUUCUGCUCGUAGAUUGCCUGGAGUUCCUAUUUUCGAACAAGGCUGGGGUAAACUAGAUUUAGUUAGAGCUUUCCAGGCACUGAGAAGUUACAGGCCACAAGCAACACUUAGUCCAAGCUAUCUGGAUCUGACAGAGUGUCCUUAUAUGUGGCCAUAUUGUUCACAACCACUUUACUAUGGUGGUCUACCUACUAUAGUUAAUGUAACUAUUUUGAAUGGCAUGGGAGUUUCUGGAGAAAUUGUGAAUAAGCCUCAGUGGCAUCCAUAUACACCACAAUAUGGUCACCAUUUAGAAGUCGCUCUUUCUUAUUCUGAUAUAUUAUGGCCAUGGUCUGGUUAUAUUGCUGUGCAUAUAUCUGUUUCUUCCUUGGCAGCUAAUUGGGAAGGGAUUGCUCAAGGUCAUAUCUCAUUUACUGUAGAAUCGCCACCAGAGGAAGGUGAGACUGAAGUUCGUCGAUCUCAUGUGAAGCUACCAUUAAAAGUGAAAAUAAUACCAACCCCACCUAGAAGUAAAAGAGUACUUUGGGAUCAAUAUCACAAUUUGCGGUAUCCACCUGGAUAUUUUCCUAGAGAUAACCUACGAAUGAAAAAUGAUCCUUUGGAUUGGAAUGGAGAUCAUAUACAUACGAACUUUAAAGAUAUGUAUCAGCAUUUGAGAAGCAAUGGAUAUUAUGUAGAAGUUUUAGGCUCUCCAUUCACUUGUUUUGAUGCUCAGCAGUAUGGUGCUUUACUGUUGGUUGAUAGUGAAGAAGAAUUUUUCCCUGAAGAAGUCUCUAAAUUGAUAAAGGACAUUGAUGGAGGCCUUUCAUUAAUUGUGUUUGCAGAUUGGUAUAAUGUGUCUGUGAUGAAAAAAGUCAAGUUUUAUGAUGAAAACACUCGGCAAUGGUGGAUGCCAGAUACUGGAGGUGCAAACAUACCAGCUUUAAAUGAUCUGCUUUCACCAUGGGAAAUGGCUUUCAGUGAUGAAGUUUAUGAAGGAGAUUUCACUAUGGGAAAUCAUGAAAUGUAUUAUGCAUCGGGAACAAGUUUAGCUCGUUUUCCUGCCAAUGGAAUAGUUGUCACUCAAUCUCUAAACAAUCAAGGAAUGGAAGUUUUAAAAGGCCAAGCAGAUAAAAUAGAUAAAGUUCCUAUUCUUGGACUUCAUCAGACUUCACACCAUCCAUCUGCAGGUCGUAUUGUGGUGUAUGGUGAUUCUAAUUGUUUAGAUACAGCACAUAUGCAAAAAGAUUGUUUUUGGUUAUUGGAUGCAUUACUUCAAUAUGCGACUACUAAACAUGUUCCACCUCUUUUCGAGGAACUGAAAUCUGAAAUUGUCCUGGAUGCUAAACGAUUGCCACAAAGAAUGGAAGGCAAUCAUUUGUAUCGCUAUUCAAAAGUGUUGGAGCAUCACCUUGGUACACCACAUACACGUCCACUACCAGCCUGCCCUAGACUCAGCUGGGUUCGUCCACAACCUUUAAAUAAGUCUGGACCGAGCACUUUGUACAAAGCUCAAAAAUUGCUUUCUGUGAAUUUGGAUGCCCCUUUUCCUUUUCGGCCUGGCCCUGAACCUCAACUUCCGAAGCAGCCGUGGGACUCUCCUCAAACAGUUGUGAGUGAAUCCUGGCAACUCGCAGAUGGCACUCGCAUCAUGAAAAAGUGCCACUCUGUAAGUCGAUGUAGAAAAAUAGCAUUUCCACUUUCAACUGACAUUUUAAAGGUCCCAGAUAUAACAGAGAUAAGAUGUAAUAUUGAAGUUCAUGAACAGGCACCACAUGAUGAGGGGUUUGAUGAGAAUUAUUUUGAUUAUGAUACUGAUUAUGAGUUUGAAAGCCAGUUUAAUAAUGAGGAUGCUUUUUGCAGUUCAGAAUCAGAUUUUCCUUGUGAUAUAUCUGAGGAUUCCCUCCAAAACAACUCUCUGAAACCUUAUUUGGAGUUAGAUUUUGAGUAUAAAUUUAGUCGCCAUACUGGUCAUCACCAUGUUGAAGUUCACUUUCAAAUGAUAGUUGAAAAUGAAAAGCAUUGUCCAAAAAUGACCUUUAUGGAUAUUUUAGAUUCUUACUUGAAUACUUACAGAAAUGUGUGUGAUGCAGUUCUAGUUGAUUAAUGCUUGAGCAAGUUUUAUUGUUUUGAGUCAGAUUUGUUUAUGUGUUCCUAAUUUAUUUUAUAUUUUUGCUAAAAAUAUGUUGUGUAUUUUGUUUGUUUGCGAAAUGUUUCCAAAAUUUGAUUAACUGGAGGUAUAUUAUCUGUCAAUUAUAAAUAUUUCUAAUUUUAACAAUAAUAGAGACACAAAAAAUUGUAAAUAUUUGAAUUAGCAAGUUAAUUGGCAUGAACAUUUAAUAUUCUACAUUUUAUGUUGUUUAAAGGUUAAUGCUUUGUUAGGCAACUUUAUUUGUUACAGAAAAAUAAUCUUUGUUUUGAGAAGUUUACUAAUUUUUGUAUUAAUGUUAGUUUUAAAAAGAAUAAAGAUAUAGAAUGACGUAAUGGAAAUAAUGAUCAAACUUUUAAAUUAUUAUUUUGACAUUCUUUAUUCAAAUGCAGGAAAA